AUGAAUUCAGAAUAAUAAGACAGUAGUAAUUAAUUAGCAAAGGCCAAUUUGGAAUAGUUUCUUAGAAAGUGGUGGCUAUAGUUAUUAUUUGGAACUAAGCUUGUAAUUGGAAUUUCUUGGUUAUUUGGUUUUAUUGAUCUCUUGAGCAAUUCAGCCUUUUAUUUAUUCAGCAAUUCACCAGAAUAAACAAUACCCUUUUAAAUUUAGAGAAUAUUCUUUUCACAAUUUUUUACGAUAGAUUAUACAAUUGAUUUAUUACUUGCUAUUAUAUGUGUGUAUAGCAAAUUUGAAGAAAUAGAAGCUAAGUAUUCCACAGUCAUUUUCAUUAUUUUGAUUCUUGCAAUUGGAAGUCUCACUUAACUGGUUUGUGUUUUGCUUUAAUGGGCAUUAUCGUCUAUUUACUCUCCAUUUUAUGAAAUUAAAGCAUACGGAUUAUGGAAUUAUUAUAUUUUUUGUGUCUUCUAAGAAUGUUUGAAUGCACCAAAUGGAUAAAGUUUAUUUUUAAUUUUUCCAAUGUAAUUAAAAAAUCAAUACUACCCAAUUGUUUUAAUUAUCUUUUUUACACUUAUUCAAUAAUCAUUGACUUUUGUUUCGACAGGAUUUGUAUCCUUUGCUUUUUAUCUAUUUCAAAAUCAUCUGAAUUAUCUUCAUCAUGCUAACAUUGAAAAAAUUGAAAAAAGCUUCCCUUUGAAGUACUUUACAGAGAGAAACGAUUUUAAGAAAAUUUAAAAUUAUUAAGAUUAAUUAGAGCCAAGUGUCGAUGCAAGAGAACUACAAUCUGUUGAAACACCACCUGCUAAAUUAACUUCAUAAGGCAAUCCACAAUAAUUCAGGUCAUCUAUGGUGCUUUCUGAAUUAUAAAAAGAAAUGAAUUCUAAGGAGAAUGAAUGUGAAUAACCCAACUAAGAUGAAGAUGAGGAGAAAAAAUAAAAUGAAUCAAAUCCAUCAGCUUAAUUUGAAUGA